GUCGGUGCCAGGCACUUCACAAGGUGGUUCGAUUUUUUGGUUGCCUCUCGGAAUCUUGAUCGUACAGAAUAAACAGUUCAGUCUACCCGUGCUGCGUGAGCAGAUCAGUUGCCAAGUGUCCUGUGUUCGCAGCAGUAUUGACGAAAUGUUUGCACUCUUACUCAUGAUCAUAGCGGUGCUAAGUGCCAGUUACAGUGCCCCAACAGGAAAUGAUACUGGUGACACACUUGCCAACAUUGAACGUUCUCUUGAGACAAGCAGAAACAUACACACAGCUAUUCAACCGUUUGAUCUAUCCUCGCUACAAUCGAUUACAUUUUCCCCCAAUCAUCAUCAGUUGGCAGUGCAGAAUUUAUCUACUGUGUUCAAUAAUGGGUCUGUCGAAAUAGUAAAAGUAACCGUUACUCCAGACAAUGCUACUACUGAAGCGUCUACGAAAACCGAUAAGCUAAAGCUUUCUACUGUAACUGAGGUAAACACUAGUUCCGCUACUGUGUCUACCGCUAGUACAGCCACAGUAACUGUAACUCCAACUACAAAUAUUGGUAGCAUCAAUUUUUCUACUACAAAAAGCAACCUCGAUGUUAUCGUACUGAAUGGUUCUGGAGAAGAUAUUGCAGUAAAAAUCAAUGAAGUCGCAGCCGAUCCAGUGAUUUUAUCUGUUGUAGUUUAAGUAAUAGCUUGUCUAAAGUAACUAAUUCCACUGAGACAGUUUUAAAUUUCUGCAAUAAACUGAUUGGUUUAGUGAUAUUUUCUCUUAAAACAUAACAAAAUAUGUCUGCUUAACCACAUUGUUUUAAUAAAU